CCGCGCGCCGAACCGCGCAAGCUCGCCGUCCGCCCUGAAUGAAGUGACGUGCUUCUCGCAUAUGGAGACGCGAAUAGAGUGACGAUAGGAUCGUCGUAUAUCUCGUGUGCGGACAGCCUUUGGCAGCCGAGCAGCAGCAGCGACGACGACUAUUACGAGAGGAUGCUCCUUCGGCGGGGCUGCACUUGGCUGACGCUGAUGCCGCUCCUGCUGAGCCUGUCCAUCGGCGAGCUCAGCUUCUAUAGGGAUGCGCUCCCGGAAACGUCGGAGGUCAUCGCGUUGAAACACCUGGCCCGCUAUCUGGAAGCACACCGUCUUCAGCAGCGUCUUCAUCGCUCGCAUCUGGCCACAUUCCUGUCGCCUAUGCACAAGAAACACAGCAAUCUUCAGCAGCUGAAUCAUCAGGAAGAACGCAGAGGAAUCGUCGAGUUCAUACCCGACAGGAAGGCCGCCGAGGACAUCCUGAAUCGGAAAUUGAAGGCGUGGCUGGAGCGUUAUUAUCAUUCACCCCAUUAUCACGAUUCCCUUGUCAAUCAGAUCACGAGUCAGGAUUCGGAAUAUUUUUACAAUCUGGAUAACAAGUAUCCGGAUUAUCCCGAGGAGAAGCAGCCGGACGAGACGAAUAAUGGCGGUCACUUCUCCAAGGAUCUUGAGUACGGGCCGACUUUCGAUGUGGAUAGAGGGGAAGCGAUGGAGAGACCUAUCGUAAACACUUUCCACAAGUAUAUAGAUCACAAUCCUGCGGGCACCUUCUUGCAUCACGAGGGUGGAAGAGAAACAGCACGACCGGCAUCGGCGACGGCGGAGGCAACCGAGCCGGAAUUUACGUACAGGUUUGACAAUUCGAAUCUCGAGGAGAAACAUCCGUUUGCGAUGGCACCGAACGAUCCCAGAUACUACAACGAUGCGCCAUUCUCGUCGGACGAUCAGCAAGACAUGUUGAGAACGAAUUGGCAAGAAGAAGAGGCGGAUAAGGAGCCAAUAUUGAUAAAGCACGAAGACAACUUGCGAAAUAUCAACCAGAAGACACCGAAAGAAUUGGUCGUACGACUUGACGCCUCGGAACAGACGGACAGACCUAAGGGUCCGUUCAUGGUGCCCAUGAAUCACGAUUUAAAUAAUGACAUCUAUUUCAUUGCCAUAGUUGCCGGUUGCAGUGCAGCAGCGAUGUUCGCUCUGGUAUUGAUCAGUUUAACGUGGUGCAGACUAAGACGCGGUGCGAAAGCUGCAGCGGACAUAGAGUAUCCUGCUUACGGCGUAACAGGACCGAACAAGGAUGUGUCGCCUUCUGGUGACCAGAGGCUCGCCCAGUCUGCCCAGAUGUACCAUUUCCAACAUCAGAAGCAACAAAUUAUCGCCAUGGAAAAUCGCACUUCUGCAACAAGGGACCCGGGUUCCCUUUCAGAAGCAGAGAGCGACGAGGAAAAUGAGGAGGGUGACUACACCGUUUAUGAGUGUCCGGGACUUGCUUCUACGGGCGAGAUGGAGGUGAAAAAUCCGAUGUUCCAUGACGAUCCUACCCCGGCAACGCCGGCGGCGCAAAGCAACAACAAAGAAGAGGACCACAUAUAGUUUCAGUAAAGUAGAGAAAGAGAGAGAAUCAACCACGCGCGCGCGUGCAAUUCGAAGAAAUCUUCCCUGGUGCUUAGCUCACUGUUAAUGUACCAUAUCGGAAAUGUUUAUCUAUUAUAUUUGAGUGUAUACACAACUUUAAUAUUUAUAUACGGCGCGGAAGGUAAAGUGUUUUACGUGAGAGGAAGGAGAAAUCGAUUCGACAUUUAGAAUGACCGAUGUUUUACCUUUCGUUCCGGAAAUAAGACAACUCUUAUGAGCGUCUACGUUGGUAUGUGAAUCCAAAGCACGGUAAACAUACAAGUCGACAAGUUAACGAUUUUAUGCGAGUGGAUUUAAUAUCUGUUUUUUGCGGCCUUUCAAUUGAUUUGAUUUUACGAAACGUUGACGCUUUUCUAAAGAAAAUUAAUCCUAAAAAUUAUUAGUUGUUUUUUCCGAAAAAUAAAUUUUUAGCUGAUAAAAUUCCGAAAUAUUAUAUAAAAAAACAGCACCAUUUUCUUCCUGCACAAAACGCGAUACAUCGGUUCUUCUAGCAUCGAAACAUUAAAUUGUCGACAGCACUUUUAUGAGUUAAGGUAACGAAAAUUCUCCAAGAAGGACGACGAAUUAAUCGACGUGCAAAACCGCUCGUUUGUCCGAGAACAUCCAACUGUUUUCUAAUGUUGAGACGUACUAUAGUUUGUACUUUCAUAGCAGGAACAGAGUUACCGUACGAUUGUCGUAUUAUUUUUCUAUGACUCGUCAUCCGCCGCUUCGCAGCUCGGAUAUCCGAUGGACAUUCUGGCGGUUGUUCGACAGAAUACAUCCAUUGAAUACGCACGCUGCAGCGGUAUACCAAAGUCUAUUCUUUGAGACUUAUAUACUCCUUUGAAAGUAAAGAAAGAGAAAACCAAUUACUAAUUAAUUUGGAACGCUAUUCGAAUCUGUUUUGUAACCGAAAUGUAUACGGAAAGUUAUAUUGUAUUAUUAUACAAAAUUAUACAAUUGAUUAUAUAUCACAGAGAAAUUUGAAACACACACAUACACUUUUGUAUACAUUCUUUUUAGAAUAUACAUACAUAAAUAUCACAUUAAAUGACAUUUCACAAAGUAUAUUCGUUUUAAUAUACAUGACAGAACGCGAUAUAUCGGAUGAUUUUUAUUGAAAUGUAAAAAUAUCUCCUUUCGAAAAAUAGCAACAAAAUGUCAAGAAGGUCAAAGCUAUGAAGAGGUUCCAAUUUUAUGCUAUAUUAUUUUGUUAUUGAUUCUAUAUAUAUAUAUAUUCAGUGGAAUGAGACACAGAGUUAACGAGUUCCUCACAAACUAUUUUAUGCGUGAUAAUAUUUUAUCAAGAUAUUUAUUGUAAAAAUAUAUAUUUCGAUCUAAUCGAUCUUUCGAAAAAAAUUAAAAUAUUUGAGUCUGUGCUCUUUUUUCAUUAUAUUUGAGUACGGAAUUGUUUCCAUUAUAUUUGAGUACGGAAUUGGUUAAUGUGUUUUAAAUGGUGAUACCAAAUAAUUUUAUUUGAAUUGAAGCAAAUUGUUUAUAGGAUUAAUGUUUUUUAAUUGCGUUGUAUUUUAUUUUAUUCUUAUCUCUAGUAAUUGUAUUGAUAAGUAAGUUAUCUUCUGCUUUAUGUGAUAUAAGAAAGUCAAUAUAGCAUGAGCUGUACAAACAUACAAAAUAAGUUGUAUGUUUCCCACUUUUACACCUUUCGAGCUGCAAUGUUUCUUUGUGAACAAUAAUCUCAAAUAUGCUUACUGCAAGGAAACUGUUCUUUCAACAGUUACCAAUAGAUACACACAACACAUACUCACAUACACAUAUAAUAUUUGUUGGCUUAAAAGGACAAUAUAUUUUAUUUUUCUAUAAUCGCGUCAUUGUUAGCUGUGUAAAGAGAAUUUAUAAAUCUGCUACUAAUCUUCUAAGUCGAAAAUGCAGAGUUACUAUUUAUUUUAGCAAAUAUCAGAUGUCUAUAUAUUUAAUGCAAAGCGAAUAGGAGUGAGUGAGUAGCUUUGUUUUGCGUUAUUGCUAUUACAAGAUCCAUCUCUAUUCGCCUAUUAUGCUGGAUAAGGCGAGCAUAAUGAUACAUAAGAUCUCGCGAUAUAAAGAGCUCUUCCUUUUCCUCUAUCACUACAAUAUAUAUCAUUAUAAGUGAUUAAUGUACCUCUUAGCCAAUGAGUGUGAUAAUACGUUAAAAGCAUGAAUCUAUGUUUCUAGUCUUCUUUACUGACACUAACGACAUAUAUUAUAUUAUUACACAAAUAUACAUUAUCUAUAAGUCGUGUAAAAAAACAGAGAAUACUAUGAAAGGACAAUCUGUGUACAAAUAGACUAUUGGUAUAUAGCGAUUUGUAGUACAUGAUUGUGCAUAUUGUGUGUCCACAUCCCGGAGUAGGAAAUUAUCUGUCGAUUGAAUUAAAUUUAAUUCUAAUAUA